AUGCGUUUCCGUACCAGUUUGUUCUUCCUCAUAUCCACCGCUUUCGUUAGCAAUGCAACAGUAUCAAAAGUACAGGAACGAGCGCUUGGAAUUGCAGAUAUUCCCCCUUGCGGUCUUGCAUGCCUCCUGGAAACCGUCCCCGCGGCUGGCUGUAGCCUUUUGGAUACCGAGUGCCAGUGUAAAAGCCAGGACCUAACCUUCAGCACGGCAGCAUGUAUACUUGCCAACUGCACCAUGGCCGACUCCCUCGGCACGGCAAAGGUUCAGGCUGAGCUUUGCAACCUAUCUCAUGAAUCGAGGUCUGGCAUACUGCUGGCGUCCUUGACGACUGUAUAUGCAACCGUUUGUCUGUUUGUUGCGUUGAGAUUCGCAACCAGAGUGCUUACGAAACGCGCUCGACCUGACGACUGGAUCAUCCUGGCGACUUUGCUUUUGGCAACAGCAACGUAUGCGUCUGCCUACGCGAUGGUGCAGCACAAUUUCGGAAAGCAUCUGUGGGAUCUUGAGCCCGGGCAGCUGCAAGCAGCGCUGAAGUAUUUCUAUGUCUGCUGGAACCUAUACGUCAUCACGCUCGGUCUUGUGAAGGUGUCGUUGAUAGCGUUCUACCUGCAGGUGUUCCUUGAUCGCCGAUUCCGCGUAUUUUGCUACGUUUUUCUGGGCUACAUUGUCAUUUCGACGCUCGUCAUUCAGUUCUUGACUAUAUUCGCCUGUACUCCUGUCCAGUCCUUCUGGGAUCGAGACAUCAAGGGAAAGUGUUUGGAUGUUGGCGCAAUCGGUUUCGCGAACAGUGCGAACGCCAUCUUGCAGGAUCUGAUCAUAUUGGUUAUGCCCAUGCCUAGCCUUUUCAGGCUCCAUAUGAAUAACUGGCGCAAGUUAGCAGUGACUUUCAUGUUUGCGGUCGGAGCUUUGUAA